AUGGCGCCCACAAACGCAUCCAAAAAUGUGCCUCCAACGCAAAUUCAAUUGGCUGAUUUCAUCCAAUCAAUCAGGGAAUUUCUAUGGCCGAGCCACAGACCAUACUCUAAUAAUCCUUUUCUUCUCGAGAUCCCAAACAAAAAAGCCAACUUUCCCCUUCGCUCGAGACGACGAAGAUCGGGAUUUCAACGUACUGCUGAAGGUGUACGUUGA